AUGGACCUGGACUUGACCUCGAAUCAUUUCCCCCCGGAAGAAGCUGCUGCGUUUUUGCGUCAGAGACUAUCGUCAUUUGUUGAUACCCCGGAAUACAUUCGAACUUCUGUCUUACCUGCAGAACGAUUCGGCCGCUUACCAUUGGCUAUGACACAGAUUACUGCUCUGAUCGAUAGAUGGGAGAUGACCGUACAAGAGUUUCUUGCGCAUUACGAGAAGCAGAUGCCCAUAGAAUCGGUUGUCAAGGCGAAGCCCGAUUUCAUGCAGGACUAUUACUACAAGCAUUCCCUUUUCACUGUUUGUGCUUUCGAAAGUCUCGGUCUGGAAUCAAACGUUCUUUUAAAAAUUAUGUCGUUCCUGAAUCCAGAUCGCAUUCAAGAAUCCCUAUUUACGGACGAACUGCCGAAGGAUCCCAUACCAAAAUUUCCUGUCGAUGAAAGUACAUACUUAAAAGCUAGGACUGAUCUGAUUAAAGUGUCUCUGGUGAAGCCGAUGAAGGAGGAUAAGCAAAUCAUGCUUCAUCGACUUGUUCAAGAUGUAGUACAGGCCCAUAUGUCAAGCAGUGAUGCAUAUGUAGUGUUUCCCUUUACUACGACGUUGCUUUUGAGAGCUUGGCCUACUCCAUUCUUGCAAUUCGAGCACAAUAUGGCGACAUGGCAGAGAUCUGAAGAAUUAUUGCAACAUAUUCUCAAAAUUAGUUAUGCGUAUCAGAAGUACACGUCAUGGGACGUCUCGCCGACAACACAUCGUCAUGUGGCUCAACUGCUAUUGUUUGCCGGCUGGUACCUGUUUGAGCGAAGUGAGUUCUUUGCUGCUCAACCCCUUCUACUUCAAGCGUUAACGAUAUGUCGCAAAUACGUGGAAGAGAUGCAAGACCUUUUGGCAGACAAUUUGUUCUUGCUCUCCGCUUUAUCAGUGCAGAUUAAUGACAAUCUGGAAAAGAAUCUGCAAUAUGCUGAAGACCAUUUUCAAGUCCGCAUCAAACUCUGUGACGGAAGCCAAUUCUCCGAAGAUCGACUUGCGACUGCACAUGGCGAGCUUGGGCAGGUGCUUAUGCUCGUGGGACGAUAUGAAGAGUCCAUUGAACACUGCAAGAUAGCUAUUGAGAUAACCAAGAGAAGUCCACGAUUUAUUGGUGGAGACGACUUGCCCAUUCGGUCCCACUGCCACCAGGCCUAUGCGAUGUCAGCACUUGGGAGAAACGAUGAAGCUAUCAAGUCUCUGGAAGGGACCCUGAAAUAUUGCAAUGAGCAUCGUGAAAGUGAAGUUGGGGAUUUUACGCUUGGAAUUGUGUAUCGAUGCCUUAGUUACUUGCAACUUCAACAAAGUCGACCACUUGAGGCUACUACAGCCGCUCAGCUAGCUCUGCGGCACUUUACAGGCACCGUAGGUAAGAAUAGCAGGUACACAAGUCAAGUGUGUGGAAAUCUAGGCGCCUAUCAUUGCAACCGCAGCCAGUACGAUACUGCCCAGAUCUACUUGGAGCAAGCACUUUCAGGCUUCAAAGCCCAUGAAUGGUAUGGAGCGGAGCUUGCUAGGACGUACUUCAGGCUGUCUGUCCUCCACAAGCUUGAAGGUGACGACACCGGAUCUUCCAAUCAUCUUGCCCAGGCAAUACGGCUGUAUUCCAAGGAGGGGCCAAGUUAUGAGGAUGGAAAGAUACUUUCAGCAGAAGAUUUUGAUCGAAUUAUAGCUCUACCACAUCGAUAA